AUUCAUUCAUUCAUCCCUGCACUACAUGAGCCUGUGGGACUACACCGCCAGGCAGGGAAUCGGACAAUCAUCAGUGGUGCAGCGGACGAGGUUUUGCAAUAAGGAUCAUGUGGUGGGCCAGGCCGUUCCUGCCUGCUCUGGUGCUUCUCUCAGAGCUCUCUGUGGUGAGAGUCCAGACGGCACCAUGCCAGACCUGCCGGAAACUCACUGAAAGUUUCAUUAAGGGCUUGGAAAGAACAGCUAACAAGAAUUUUGGGGGUGGUAACACUGCCUGGGAAGAAGAGAAGCUGGCUAAGUAUGCACGCAGUGAGACUCGGCUCCUAGAGAUAGUAGAAGCUGCUUGUGAGAAAACAGACUUUGAAUGUAACCGGCUGCUGGAGCAGAUAGAAGACCAAGUGGAGACAUGGUGGUUCCACAGGCAGCAAGAGGCACCAGACCUGUUUGAGUGGCUAUGCAUAGAGGAGCUGAGACUCUGCUGUCCACCUGGACACUUUGGACCUGACUGCAAAGAGUGUCCCUUGGGCCCUGGUGGUGUGUGUGGAGGUCUGGGACGCUGUGAAGGGGAGGGGACUCGUCUGGGGGAUGGAGAGUGUGUCUGUGAUCCGGGAUACUCGGGCCAUCUGUGCCAGAGCUGUGCUGAUGGCUACUACAGAGAGAAAAGCUCCAAUGACAGCACAGGCGCCUGUGCAGCUUGCUACCACUCAUGUAAGAAAUGCUCAGGGCCGCAGGACUACAAAUGCCUUGACUGCAAACCUGGCUGGAUCCUUCAUGACAACAAGUGCGUGGACAUCGAUGAGUGUGGCACAGAGCUGGCUCGUUGUCCUUCUAACACAUACUGUCACAACACAGAUGGAUCAUAUGAAUGCAGAGGCUGUGACCAGGCAUGUGUGGGAUGCAUGGGGAGUGGUCCUGCCCGCUGUAAGAAAUGUUCACGUGGCUACAGAUUGAAAGGAGCCAAGUGUCUUGAUAUAGAUGAAUGUAGUGAACGUGCAAUAGCAUGCCCAGGACUCAAUGAGGCCUGUAUCAACGAGGAGGGCUCUUUCCACUGUGACUGUGCUGAUGGAUUCAUCAGGAGAGACAGCAUUUGUGUUGAGAAUAAGCCUCCUGCUGGCCCAGAGAAGGGACUGUUUGAUGACAUGACAGAUGAUGAGGUCCUUGUGCUGCAGCAGAUGUUCUUUGGCGUUGUAAUCUGUGCCCUGGCAACGCUCGCGGCUAAGGGUGACAUGGUUUUCACAGCCAUUUUCAUUGGAGGUGUGGCUGCUAUGGCUGGAUACUGGUUGACUGAAAAGGGAGACUACAUGCUGGAUGGAUUCCUGAAGGGACGCUAGACUGUCUGUGGCCACGAUUCAAUAAAAGGACCUUGGACUACCAGCCAGUGAAAGUGAAUAAGACUCAACUGGGACAGGAAACUAUCCCUACAAUGCUAGCCUUUCAGGGAUUUAUUUUGGUCUGGGGAGUUACUUGAAAGGGCUUGGGUUCAUUUAUGUUUAUGAAUGGGAUAAUGCAGGACAAAGUGAGAACUUAAAGGCUAUGGAGCCAUAAAUCUUGAAGAGGGAAUAACAAGGCUACACUGCACUGAUAUAAAGGAACUCAAUCCCCUACCUCAACUUUGUUGGGAAGAAGGGUGACAUAGAGACCACUACUGAUUGUUAAAAUCUAUUAUGCAUUUGGAUGUUUCAUCUGGCCUCAAUGUUGCUCAAGAAAUGAUGUCGUUUUCUUCCACACAAUCAAAACCUCCAGUCAUCACGUCUAUCGUUUUUCACCGUCAUUGCUGUGAAGCAGAGCUUUUCCCAUAGUUUGAAUGGUAGGUUGGUUUGUUGACUGUGCCAGGUUACUGCAACACUGCACACAGCUUUUUUGCUAUGGGGUAAGAUGAGGAAAUUCUAAGAAUUUCCCAAAUCAGCCCAAACAGAAAGCUCAUUGAAACUCUGGGAUAUUUCCAUAAUGAACCACUGGUUAUUUAUGUUCACAGAAUGACUUUUUAUCUCCUAAUUUCCUGAAUGAUUCUUUUUAGUAAUACUGCAUGAUAAUAGAAAUUGGAAUGAAAGAUAAUACACCAUAUCUGUUAAUUUGUCUUACUUUGGCAUGGAAGACUGACUUUUAACAGCUGCCAGAUCACCAACAUUACUGCUAUUGACCACUUUAAAGGAAUGUGCUUAGGUAAAUACCAGCUCCGAUCUUGAUGGUGCAAGCCAUUUUCUGUUGCCUUUAAUUUAUUUUGAAAGCAAUAUUUAUUGGAAAGAUGUUUAUCAUAUUCUGCUCUUGACAUUUCCUCUGUGUAUUUUUGUGUGCAUUUUCAAUGCAGUUUUUAAAAAUCUGUUAAAUUGUAAUUCUAGCAGGUAUAGUAGCAUCAUGUUAGAAAGCCAUUGAAGCAUCACUUCUUAUCCGUCCAUCUAAUUUAGCUUUGGUUUUCCUAGUGUGGAAAGUUGUCCACAGGGUCAUUGUUCAUUAUAGAUGUUUGCUUUACAAUAAAACUCUGUCACUAUCUA